AUGGAGUUUAACUCGGGCAGCGGCGGAGGUGCAAGAAGCGGUGGGAAUGACAUGGAGCUAUUAUCUAAGACGUUACAGGUGCAGCAUAAGCUGAUUUACUUUGAUCUCAAGGAGAAUCCACGCGGUCAUUACGUGAAGAUAUUGGAGAAGACGUCGGCGACAAGGUCCACCAUAAUCGUACCUUUCAAUGGAGUCUCUUGGUUCUUUGAUAUCUCCAACUACUACGUCACUUCUGAUGACCAAGAUAUUUCUAGCAAGGAACUCCAGCUUUAUAGCAAGGCAAUUUAUUAUAUUACACAUUACACAUACUAUACAUACGCUUUAAUAUUAAUUACUUUGCAAAAUGUGGAUUGA